ACUGGUCGGCCUGGCCGGGUCCCUCUGACCGGCGGCAACCCUCCCGCGUCAGUCAGACGCACCGCCGUGACUGCGCUUCCUCCUCCGCCUCCGCCGCCGCCGCCGCCGCCGCCAUGGACUGCGACAUCUGCUUCGAGCAGUACAACACGGGGGCCAACACGCCCAAGCUGACGCCGUGCGGGCACACGGUGUGCCUGGUGUGCCUGCAGCGCAGCGACAAGCGCGAGUGCCCCCUGUGCCGCACGGCCUACGUCCCGCACCCCGUGCACCUCGCCACCAACUACACCCUGCUGCGCGUCAUGGAGGAGCGCUACGGCGACGACAGGAUCGGCCCCCGCUUGUUGUUCCCGACGCCGCCACCAGUGCCGCCGCCCGUGCCGCCCCCGGACUGGCCGCCCGCCACAGCCACGCCGUCGCCCCCGGAAGGACCCACCGUGAUUAUCGUUAGGUCCACCCAAGCCCAAGAGAGUUCUGGACAGGGCAGUGACAAGAGAGUCUGUAAGGUUCUUGUCAAUGUCGCCGUCCUCAUCUGUUUGGUGAUUUUCCUCGUGGUGAGGUAUUGCCGCUGAAAUUUGGACCAACGGCAGCUUCGCAGAGGCUUCCGAGGCUCCGGGUUGGUCGGUGCAAAAGGCUUUCAUGUGACAUGACGCAUGACGCAAUCUGUUUGUAUGACGUGCGGGAAGGAAGCCAAAAACUGUAUGACACACCUGCGAUUAAAAAUUUAAAUAGAACCACA